GCUGGGAAUCACUGGAGCAGGGAAUGUGAGUGCACAGCUAGAUGUGAUUGGAAUAAUUGCAGCUGUGUCAGCAGAGAGACUGCAGCACAAGAGACACAGGGCUUAUAUAACAGAGACCCCACCAGAAAGAGACUGCAGCACAGGAGACACAGGGCUUACAUAACAGAGACCCCACCAGAGAGAGACCUCCGCCAUCAUCAUGGCUUUGUGUGACAUCAGACGUGUCCUGAUCAGUGACAGCCUGGCUCCUGCAUGUGUCCAGAUCCUGCGCACUCAGGGGGGGAUAGAGGUGACCGAGUGCCCAGGACUGACCCCCCAGGAGCUGAUCUCCAAGAUACCGGACUAUGAUGGCCUCAUUGUGCGCUCAGCCACUAAGGUGUCCUCUGAUGUCCUGACAGCAGGGACCAGGCUGAAGGUGGUGGGACGAGCAGGGACUGGAGUGGACAAUGUGGAUGUAGAUGCCGCCACAAAGAACGGGAUCAUUGUUAUGAACACUCCUACCGGGAACAGUAUCAGUGCCGCUGAGCUGACUUGUGGGCUCAUCCUUAGUCUCUCCAGACAGAUACCUCAAGCAGCAGCUUCCAUGAAACAGGGGAAAUGGGACCGCAAGAAGUACAUGGGCUCUGAGCUGCAUGGGAAGACCCUGGGAAUUCUGGGCCUUGGACGGAUUGGGAAGGAAGUGGCUAUCCGAAUGCAGUCCUUCCAAAUGCGGACCAUCGGCUAUGACCCAAUAAUCCCCCCGGAAGUGACGGCUGAGUUUGGUGUUGAACAACUUCCCCUGGAAGAAAUCUGGAACAAGUGUGAUUAUAUCACUGUACAUACCCCUCUCCUGCCCUCCACCACAGGUCUAAUAAAUGAUGCCGCAUUCUCUAAAUGUAAACGUGGCGUUCAGGUGAUAAACUGCGCCCGCGGUGGGAUCAUUGAUGAAGCAGCGUUACUGCGGGCACUGGAGAGCGGGCAGUGCGGUGGUGCUGGGCUGGAUGUCUACACGGAGGAACCUCCACGUGACCGGGCUCUAGUAGACCACCCACUAGUGAUCAGUCUCCCCCACCUGGGGGCCAGCACACAUGAGGCCCAGAACCGAUGUGGGGAAGAGAUUGCGUUGCAGAUUGUGGAUUUGGCGAAGGAACGGGCGCUUGCGGGAGCGGUGAAUGCCCCCGCCCUCUGCAAGGCUUUCUCCCCACAGACUAAGCCAUGGAUAAAGCUGGGCGAGGCGCUGGGUGCUCUCCUUCACCACCUAUUGCCUAAAGCCAGCGGAGAGAUCCAACUGACCACUACAGGAGACGCCCUGAGACAUUCGGGUUCAUUCCUCUGCUCUGCUGUCGCCAUCGGCCUUCUCCAGAACUCCCAUGUGAAAGCCAACCUGGUCAACUCCUGCCUGUAUGCCAAGGAAGCGGGAAUCCAGGUGACUUCUCAGCACUCUGUAGACUCGGUGGAGACCAGGUUGGAGGUGUCUACAGAGGGGUUAAUUCUAGCUGGUGGUCUGAGUGGCAAUAUACCCUGCCUGAUACAGAUUGGACCCUCACGUUUCCGAAGUCCAGUGUCACUAAGUGGCACUCUGCUCCUGUGGUCCAGUCAGACAAAUGUCCUGAAACUGCUCGAGGUACUCUCAGCCGCAGGGAGUCACCUGCAAACACUCCAUACAUCUGGGGGAUACACUGUGGCCGGUAUCUCUGCUCCCCUGUCUGAUGUGUCUCUCCUCGGAGCCUGCGUGCAGCUCACACUCUGACCAGCGGAGGCGCCACAUUCCUGUUACUGCUAUUAGACUGUUACUAAUCACUCCUGUGCAUAUAUUUCACAAUAAACGCAUGGUUCUAACCAUC